UCCUGCGCUUUGACGUUUUGUGCGUGUGUGCUAUUUGUGCCAACAACAACGAAUUUCUCCGUGUGCAACAAAUUCGCGAUCUAUUUUGCUGGAAUAAAUCCCACUUUUUUAACAACAAUCAUGGCCUAUUCGAAUAAGUUUAUUUAUGCGACAUUGCCGCGAACACAGCGCGGCCAACCGAUCGUACUGGGUGGCGAUCCGAAGGGCAAGAACUUCCUCUACACUAAUGGACAUUCUGUGAUUAUUCGCAAUAUUGAUAAUCCGGAAAUUGCGGACAUCUACACGGAACACUCGUGCGCGGUAAAUGUGGCCAAGUAUUCGCCGAGCGGGUUUUACAUCGCUUCCGGUGAUCAGUCGGGUAAAAUUCGUAUCUGGGAUACGGUGAACAAGGAACACAUACUGAAAAAUGAGUUCCAACCGAUCGGUGGCCCGAUUAAGGACAUUUCCUGGUCACCGGAUAGCCAGCGGAUUGUGAUUGUGGGCGAAGGUCGUGAACGGUUCGGGCACGUGUUUAUGGCGGAAACGGGUACCUCGGUGGGUGAGAUUUCCGGUCAGUCGAAACCGAUCAAUUCGUGCGAUUUUCGACCGGCUCGCCCGUUCCGGAUUGUGACCGGUAGCGAGGAUAACACGAUCGGUGUGUUCGAGGGACCGCCGUUCAAGUUCAAGAUGACGAAGCAGGAUCACACCCGGUUUGUGCAGGCCGUUCGUUACUCCCCCAGUGGGCAUCUGUUUGCCUCGGCCGGAUUCGAUGGCAAGGUGUUUAUCUACGACGGUACGACGUCCGAGCUGGUUGGUGAGGUUGGCUCACCGGCACACAGUGGCGGUGUGUAUGGAGUGGCCUGGAAACCGGACGGCACUCAGCUACUGACCUGUUCCGGCGAUAAGUCCUGUAAGCUGUGGGACGUCGAGACGCGCACCCUGAUUAGCGAGUUCCCGAUGGGCAGUACCGUGGACGAUCAGCAGGUAUCGUGCUUGUGGCAGGGAAAUCACAUCCUGUCGGUAUCGCUGUCCGGUUUUAUCAACUACCUCGAUGUAAACAAUCCCACCAAACCGCUGCGUGUCGUGAAGGGUCACAACAAACCGAUCACGGUGCUGACGCUUAGUGACGAUCGUAGCACGAUCUAUACAGGCAGCCAUGACGGUGCCGUCACCAACUGGAAUUCGGGCAGUGGUACUAAUGACCGUGUGGCGGGCGUUGGCCACGGCAAUCAGAUCAACGAUAUAAGGGCUGCGGGUGAUUUUGUGUACACGGCCGGAAUUGAUGAUUCGAUCAAGCAGAUUACCGUCGAGGCAAAUACGUACACGGGCGUCGAUGCGAAGCUCGCCUGUCAACCGCGCGGUAUGGACAUUCUGAAGGAGGGUAACACGAUCGUAGUUGGAUGCGUGAAGGACAUUACAGUGUUGCAAGACAACCGAAAGGUGUCAUCGUUGCCCAUUAGCUACGAGUCGAGUAGCGUUAGCAUUAAUCCGGAAACGAUGGACGUUGCCGUUGGGGGCGAUGAUAGUAAGGUGCACGUGUACGCACUCAGUGGUGGUCAACUGACACACAAGCUAGAUUUGGAACACCUGGGACCGGUGACGGAUGUGCGUUAUUCACCCGACAACAAGCUGCUGGUGGCUUGUGAUGCCAACCGGAAGGUGAUUCUUUACAGUGUGGCUGAGUAUAAGCCCCCUCAUAACAAAGAAUGGGGCUUCCAUAAUGCGCGUGUAAACUGUGUAGCAUUCUCGCCAAAUUCGGAGCUCGUUGCCAGCGGUUCGCUCGAUACGACCAUCAUCAUAUGGUUCGUGAACAGUCCGGCCAAGCACACGAUCAUCAAGAAUGCCCAUCCACAAUCGCAAAUUACGGGCCUGGUUUGGCUGGAUAACGAAACACUAAUCUCCACCGGGCAGGAUUGCAACACGAAGGUUUGGAACAUUGAAAAUGUCGCAUAAGUCAAAAGAUAUCCGGUCCCUCUUCCUCCGGUUUUCCCCGAGGUUGGGGUCAAACUUUCACCUUUGCAAAAGAUGAUCAAAGACUAAAAGGGGUGGUAAAAAGUAAACGAGGAUGAGAGAAAAAAAAGCGCAGUCCCCGCCGCACUAACUGCUCUCAGGCUCCCGUUUUGUCAUAGUGUUAUGCAUACACUUUGUAUUUAUUUCGUAAAUCUUUUUACGGUGUGUUUAUGCUCACCCGUUUGUGUGUCCACACAUCGACUAACCUUGCGUAAAUCAAGAACCGUGUUUUGAGUGUGUGUUUGUAUUUGUGUUCCUCUUCCGUAUUCGUUCUAGUUGUUGCAAUAAUAAUUGUAUUUAGUAACACGCGUAUUGCUGCCCGAUCUGGCUUUUAGUAUUUUCGAAGAGUGAACAACAUAAUACAAGCGGUGAUACUAAUUCACGUUCACGUUUAGAUUUCUCUCCAUCCCAGUAGCCGGUGAACACACUUUCGCUCACGCGGGAUGAGAGAAGAAAGAUUGCUGUGUUGUGUUAUUUUGCUUUCCUUCUUUUUUGUACGAUCAGUUUCGCAUCAUUUCGCUAAUGAUGUUGUGCCUUCUCGCGACGAUCCGUUAAAAUAGCUACACAAACUCGAGUAAGACACAAGAAAAACACCCCAGGAAACCAGGAACGAGGGGUUAUUCGAGUGAAAGAGGCUUGAUUUAAAACAAAAAAAAACGGGAAAUUAGCAGAGCGGAAGGAAUUGCAUUUAAUUUAUUACAUCUUUUGUUUUAUCACAAAAACACCAAACACCAUAAUUGUUUACCGUGCUCUGCCUACCGUUGCAAACUGGUUUGGUAGAAGAAUAAGCAGUGAACGAACGAUUUGAUUUGAUGCAGGAAUUAUCGGUGAUUUGCUACAGCAGCAACACAAAAAUAUGAACCCUUGUCUACAUAUACACGUACUUUUUUAAGGCUAAUAAAACGGAGUUUUUUUU